AGAACCCUGUAGGCCCAGAGGCCCCUCCACGCUUCCUGUGUGGGGUUCAGAAACCUGCCUCCCCUCCCAGCCUUAGGUGCCUGCUUCGGAAAAUGAAGUAAUAAGCCAAGUGGCCUCCGCCAUCUUGGGUAGAGUAAGUGUCCAGAGAGAGAAGGAUGCAGCCGGGAAAUCUCUGGAGAGUUCUGGGACUCUGCCUCUUAUCAGUUGGCGCUUGGGGAGAAGACGUUGAAAGACCCCAAGAAGGAAAAGAAGAAACAUAUGAAGUCUCCAUCUAUGGAACCACUGUAACGCUGACAUGCCCUGAGGAUGUUGAAGGAGACAUAUUAUGGGAAAAAAAAGAUGGACAACUACCUAGUGCGACAAACAACCCACAAAUACUGGAGAAAUUUUCGGAAGUGGAAGGAAGUGGUUAUUAUAUCUGCUAUGCAAAGGGCUCAGAGAAGAACCAUUAUCUCUACCUGAAAGCCAGAGUGUGUGAGAACUGCAUGGAGGUGGAUCUGAUGGUAGUGGCCACGAUCAUCAUAGUCGACGUCUGCGUCACUCUGGGCUUACUGCUGCUGGUGUAUUACUGGAGCAAGAAUAAAAAGACCAAGGCGAAGCCUGUGACGAGAGGAGCGGGAGCUGGCGGCAGGCCCAGGGGACAAAACAAGGAGAGGCCACCGCCUGUUCCCAAUCCAGAUUAUGAGCCCAUCCGGAAAGGCCAGCGGGACCUGUAUGCUGGCCUGAAUCAGAGAGGCAUCUGACAGCUCCUGAGGGCACUGCCUCCCACUGGCCCAG